GGAUCACCCGUGGAGUUCUACCGAUAGAUGCAUGCUGCAGACUGCAUUGGUUUCUGUGCAACAUGCACCUGUAUUAAUUGAUAAUUAGCCUUGCAGGACAUGGAUUCAGUAUGCGUUCUGUUUUUAAGGGGUGGGCUCGCAAUUCCAGGUAGCCCUCAAUAAUGUUAUCUCCGACUUAGAUGGUGACCCCUGACUUCCUGUAGUGCUACGGCUGCCUCUUGCCCAAUAAGCAGUCAUAAAAUUAUGACCAGCAGCUUGAAAGAUUUCCCCCUCCAUGUGUCAGUAUGUAUCGUGUACUCAGUGCUACAUCAAUACAUGAGUUAAUAUAACAUUAUUACCCAAAGUAAUAAAUAAUGAAUUCAGUAACAAAUUGAUGAGACAAAAUUACAUGAAUCAGAGUUUACCAUGGUACGGUGGUUGUAUAUUGCCCCUCAAAUAAAUUAUGGAUAACUUUCUAAAUAAAGGAAACACUCUCAUAGAUUUAAGUGCCAGAAAUCUAACUUUGCCUUUGCCGGAUGAUGUCACAAGAGCAUGACUGUUAGUGAUGAUAUCAUAAUGGCAACCAUGAUUGUUAGUGAUGACAUCAUAAUGGUGUCUCUGACACAAGCUGGUAUAAGGGCUGUUUACAGUUGGGAUUGUCAGAUUAGUGACUGAAUGCCACCAUGAGGUCACUAAUCAUCACCCUGUUCAUUUUCACUGGAUUUUUACGAGUAAGUUCUGUUCAUAUUAAUGGGAAUUGUAUCUGAGCCAUUAUGGGUUCCUGUUAUUAGCGUUAUCUGUUAAUGUACCAGUGACUUUUGGGUUUGCUGAGAGGUUUCUAUACAAUGUACAGCACCAUGUCCCAAACAUCUGAUCCAUGUACUUUUCUCUUACAGGAAAGAGAUAUCAAAGAACAUAUUGAGACAUUGGAUUAUGUGACUGAAGGAUUCAACUACAUCAAGCUCAGUUUGCCAGUUUGCCCAGUGUCUGUUGAAAAGGCCGGUUAUGUAGAGGAUGUAGAGUGCGGCAAUACCCUGUUUGUACAGGAAGAGAUCAGACCAGUCCCUCUGCUGAUUCCUACAGACAUAAGAUGUGAUGGCUUGCGUUGUCCAAUUCCACCUAUAGAGGGUCAGCUCACUAACCGAGAGCCAGAGCUGAGUAGCGCCAUCAUUCAGGAGUUCCAGCUAAUUGUGCCUUAUAUUGAGACCCUCAUCAGAGAUACUGAGAAUGGCACUAGUGUAAAAGGAAUCAUUUUGGGCUUCUUGUUACCAGAAAUCUUUGCCUUUCUACUGGAAUUCUGUUAUGGACACUGGUCCAGCAGAAAGAAGGCAGAAAAAGAAAAAGAUGAGGCCCCUUCUGAGAGAGAGAAGGAAGGGCCACAACGUCCUGCUCUAACCCAUGAUAACAUGGAGGAAGAAUUUGGAGGCACUAAGAAAAAGAAAAAACAACGCCACUCUGAGACUCAUGAUCACCAAGGCUCAGAGAAACCAAAGAGCAGUGAAAGAAUAACAGCAGAAGAGGAAACGGAAUUAAAGCAGCUUUUGCAACAGUUCAUCUGCCAAUGCUUGGAAGGAGAUUUCUAAGGAGAAGACAUAAGGAGAAGUGGGUUGGAGGGAGGAAACAACUUCUCCAGAUUUAACAUUUCCAUACAGAAUGGAUUUUUUAUUACAGAUUUCUACUGGCAUCAUAUAGCUCAGUUGCAACUAUGAAUUUUAGUGCAACUAUUAUACAAUUUAAAGUAUUCUUCUAUAGAAAAAUAUUCACAUUUCCCUUCCCAUGUUAUUGAUAUUUAUAAUAAAAUGUUAAGAAUAAAAAUUCAGACUGAGUAGU